CGCUGUUCUUCAAACGGGCCGAGUUGAUAAAAUUGUUUUAAGUGACUGACCACAAGAGAGCCAUGAAGGUGGUUUCACACAAAGCCACAUUCAACUGGCAACUCUCGUUUCUGCUCCCAUAGAAGAAGACUUUCUCUCUCGUACCAAAGAGCCUUCGAAUCGCAACUAGCUUUACUGUGUGUGACUUGACAACAUCAACAACACCCUCACUCAAAUAGACAAGAGUCAACCCAAUUGGCUAGAACCAUCAUGUCGAACUCGGCCAUCGCGAAACCGUUGACGCUGAAAUGCGGCCUCACUCUGCCCAACCGCCUGACCAAAGCCGCCAUGGCCGAGAACUGGGCGGAUAAGGAGGGACUUCCCUCCAAAGCCAUCCACGCACCGUACGGCGAAUGGGCCGACGGCGGCUGGGGACUCGUCAUGACCGGCAACGUGGAGGUCGACCUCAGGUACCUCGGCCAGCCAAAGGACACGGCCUACAACGACAAGAUCCCCUACGAGCGCAUGCUCGAGGCCUGGAAGGCCUGGGCCGCCGUCUGCAACCGCAACGGCACGCCGACCAUCGUCCAGGUCAACCACCCGGGGCGACAGUCGCCCCUGGGCGCCGGCAAGCGCGGUCGCUUCGAGAAGACCAUCGCGCCGAGCGCCGUGCCGCUGGACCUCGGCGCCGGCCUGAUCCCUCGCCUGCUCAACUCGCUGCUCUUCGGCACGCCGCGCGAGAUGACCGUCGCCGAGAUCGACGACGUCGUCCGCCGCUUCGCGCAGACGGCCAAGCUGGCCUCGGACGCCGGGUUCGCCGGCAUCGAGAUCCACGCCGCCCACGGCUACCUGCUCGCCCAGUUCAUGUCCGACAAGAUCAACCGGCGCACCGACGCCUACGGCGGCUCGCCCGCGGCCCGCGCCAAGAUCGUCGUCGACAUCGUCCGCGCCGUCCGCGCCGCCGUGCCCGCGUCCUUCUGCGUCGGCAUCAAGUUCAACUCGGUCGACCACCAGUCGCGCGACGAGCUGGACGCCUGCAUCGAGCAGCUGAGGCUGAUCACCGAGGCCGGCGUCGACUUUUUGGAGGUCAGCGGUGGAUCAUACGAGGACCCUGUCAUGGCCACCGGUGUCGCCGACGAGAAGAAGUCGGACCGCACCAAGGCCCGCGAGGCCUUCUUCCUCGAGUUCGCCCGCGCCAUCCGCCGCGACUUCCCCGACGUGCCCCUGAUGGUGACGGGCGGUUUCCGGUCCCGCCAGGGCAUGGAGGCCGCGCUCGCCAACAACGGCUGCGACCUCAUCGGGCUCGGCCGCCCCGCCGUGCUGAACCCGGCGCUGCCCAAGAACACCAUCCUCGCCGCCGACGUCGGCGACGACGACGCCAAGGUGUACGCGCGCAAGAUCGAGGCGCCGUGGAUCGCGCAGAAGCUGGGCGUCAAGGCCAUUGGCGCCGGUGCCGAGUCGGCUUGGUAUGCGGAUAUGAUUCGCAAGUUGGGAAUCGUGGCCGCGUGAAGAAGGCUGGGAGUUGCAUCGUGCUGCGAGUAGAGGACCUGGAGAUUGGAAAUUAUCGUGAUACCAUGGAAAGCGAGUUGUAAUUGUUAUAGAAUGUGACAUAGUCUAAACGCUGUAUUAUUUGUUAUCUUUCCAGUGUGUUUGAACAAUGAGUCUCGACAAGAUGCCUUGGAUGGAAAAUGGUGUCAUUGACUACUCCGACUGUGUUUGACGCUGUUCGAACGCCCGGUGAGAGAGUCGAAAAAGAGGAAACACAAGGAGAUGUGACUG